AUGCAUUCUACUUCCCUUACCCAGCUUAUGGCGUUUGCCCUGCUAGCUAGUCCAUUCGUUCUCGGUGCCAGCGGUGUUGCCCCAGCAGAUCUUGAGAGAAGAUACGUCGGAGGUGGCGCCAGCCUUGCGUCUUUCGUUGCUCGUGCUGCCGAGCUCCUUCCCAACCUUGAAGCCCGCCACCACACUGCGGCUCAAAUUGCAGCUAAGAAAGCGAAGGCCGGAGCCCGUGACGUUGAAAUUGAGGAGCAAAUUGAGGAGCGUGAACCUCACCACACUGCCGCUCAAAUUGCUGCUAAGAAAGCAAAGGCCGGAGCCCGUGAUGUCGAGGAACGCGAACCCCAUCAUACUGCCGCUCAAAUAGCGGCUAAGAAGGCUAAGGCCGGUGCGCGCGACGUGGAGAUCGAAGAACGCGAACCUCAUCACACUGCCGCCCAGAUUGCCGCCAAGAAAGCGAAAGCCGGUGCCCGCGAUGUAGACGAGCUUGAGACUCGGGAGCCUCACCAUACUGCCGCUCAAAUAGCGGCAAAGAAGGCCAAA